GUUAAAUAAAAAUAAAAUCAAGCUGCAGCCUGACCUUGAUCACAAUGAAUGAAAAUACUUGCACUAUUGAUUCAAUACCACGAGAGCCUGAGCUUAUCACUCACAAUAUUGAUCCUACAAUCACAGCAAUGUACUACAACAGAGCUAGCUUUGUCCAAAUAUAGUUGAUAGUUCCAAACACUGAUCUUAGCUCUACUGUAUUCAGUUCAAUUUGCUGCUAGAAAUGCAAUCACAAUACUAGUUUUUCAAACUAAUCCUACAACUUUCUCUCGCACUCUAUAAGGCCCUUCCUGGAAAGUUAACUCCAAACCAAACAGUAAUUUCGUUGAGGUAAACCCUUGUUCUCAAUGGACCCCAUUUCUUCCCGGAUACAGAAUUCAGACCAGAAUAAGCAAAUAAUCCCAAUUACUAACUAGAAACGGACCGUUGAUAAGUGAAAGCUUAACAAUAAUCAGAUUCCAAACUAUCUUUACCACCACCAACAGAACCUAAACAAUCAAAUAACAACCACCCACCAGCUCAAAACCAUGUAACCACACCAAAUUCGACUCUAUACAAGAAACCCAAAACGAAUGGGAAAGAAGCGAGAAAAGGGGAAACGUUACCAGAAAGCUGUGGAGUUGAAGAAGCCAUGGGCAGAAACCAUCACCCCAAUCGAAGCAGCUGCAAACACAAACUGCCCAAUCCUCAGCCCCAGCCCACUCGCCUUCCCUGGACUCCCAAACAAUUCCUUCAUCAGUCUUCCCCCGCAACGCAAUUUGCACUUCUCCCCCGCGCUCCUCCUUGAACCCAAUACCCCUUUUCACAGAAGCUCACCGGAAGUGAACCCAGCUUCGACAAAUCAAUAAUCCCUCAUUAGCAUUCUCAUUAGCUCCAUGGGACUCUCGAUGGACAGAAGCUGGGAUAUUUUGGGUUUGGGUACCAGGUCUGCCUCCGAGCUGAUGGUGGCGAUCUUUCUUGAUGCUGCGUCAAUGGAAGAAUGUUCUUUCCUUUCUUUCACUACCAGAAAUCCGACACUAUCCGCUUUUUCUUAUUGCAUUAAAAUAAUAAUAAUAAUCAACCAACAUUUGCUAUUUGUAAACCUUCAAAGUUCAAAUCAAAUGUAAGAAUAACGGAAAGAAAACACGGAAAACGCUUUUUUAUAAUUGCUCGUGAAUUGUGAUUGAUGGCUCUGUGGCUUUGCUAGUUCUCACCUCUCACUUCAUUUUCUGACUUCUGUUUUAACUUUUCUGGCCCAUUUCAGAUAGAAGACAGAAAGGGGACAUGCGGUGUUGGGCUGAACUUAUCUAAGUGGGCCUCAGGAGAGGGCCUGUCAAUAUCUGGCCCGUCACUUAAUUGGCCGGUGACCUUCAGCCUUGAUCCUUAAACCCUCAAAAUCCUGGUAUCCUCCUUUCCAUCCAAAAUCAGUCUCUCUCCCUGAGGUAGACGAAGAACCGAGAAUGGCGUUCAGAGCAGUGAUACGGAAAUCGGCAUCAACUUUGGCCCCACUCGUGGGUCGAGUUGUUAGUCGUGUUGAAGCUCGCCGGAGCUUCUGUUCUGCAAUCCUCACAGCUGCAGGCGGUCGCCGCGGUUGUAUCUGCGGGAGAGGACACGCUGGUGUUUCGCAUUUAUGCGGCUAUUCUACAGCUCCCGUGGUGAGCAACAAGCCGGCUGCCGGCGAGUCGCUCCUCCGAAUCAUCGAGGAUGAAAUCAAGACUUCCCAGGAGAAUGAUGAUCACGAUCAGGUUGAGGAUGUUCCAGCAGGUUUCCCUUUCGAGAUUGAGGAUAAACUGGGUCAACAGACACUAACACUGACAAGACAAUACGAAGGCGAACAUGUUAAAGUUGAGGUUCACAUGCCUGAUCUUGUCACUGGUGAAGAGAAUGAUGUUCAAGAUGAUGAUGACGAUGAUGAUACCGAGAGGCCAACUCAGUCUAGCCUCCCGUUGGUUGUCACUGUUACCAAGAAGAGUGGAAUCUCUUUGGAGUUCAGCUGUGUUGCUUUUGCAGAUGAGAUUGCAAUUGACAGCUUGUCGGUGAAGAAACCUGAAAACAAUUCUGAAGAAAUGGUGUACGAUGGACCAAACUUCCAUGAUUUGGAUGAGAAUCUGAAGAAUGCUUUCCAUAAGUAUUUGGAUAUACGAGGAAUCAAGCCCAACACAACCAAUUUCCUCCACGAGUACAUGAUCAACAAAGACAGUAGAGAGUAUUUGGGCUGGUUGAAUGACCUCAAGAAGUUCGUGCAGGCAUGAAAGUUUAUCGAAAGCACUUCUUCGAUCAGUUUGGCCGAUGCAAUUUCGAAUUCAACACCGUUUAGGUUUACUAAGUCUGGUGGGGAGAUGCUCGUCAUUAAUGUUGGUAGAGUUUCUCACUGUUAAAGUAUCAGCGGUUAGUGCUGACUAUGCUGGGCAGCUUUUUGCUUAUCGAACUACCGUAGUCGGUGGUAAGUGCUAUAUGUUCAGAUGAGAUGUUGCUUAUGAAAAAGUGAAUUUUGGUUCUGUUUCAUGGGUACAUGUAAACAAGAUGCUAUAUCAGGUAGAUCAUCUGUGGCUUCGGUGUGAAAGAAAAGAACUUUGGGAUG